AUGCCUCUGAUGCGCCACCUCGCUACGCCACAACAAAUUGACGACGCGGUGGACCACUUAGUGGAGGCUUUCUUCCCAGCACUGCAAUCGCUGAUCUCUCAGACAUCAGAGUGUGAGAAUCAGAUCACUUUCCCACCUAUUACUGAGCAACAAAUGGCCGCGGAAAUCCGCCGAGCACCUCCAAACAAGGCCCCUGGGGCUGAUGGCAUUCCCAAUAUGGUGUGGAGAUUGCUGGCAGGCGAAUCAGCCACAACCCUCGCGGUUUCAGGCCUCGAUCACAGUGACGCUAAGAAAGGCUUGGCUGCGAGACUACUGCUUGCUGAAGGCGUACAGGCCAGUCGCAUUGCUCGACACGCUCAGGAAGAUCCUUGA